GUAUUCUGGCGCGGCUGACUCCAGGGCUGGACGAUCCUGGGAGUCCGCCCUGCCGGUUUCCAGAGGAGGCGCUUGAGUAGGAGAAACGAAUCGCUGCUGCUCUUCUAAAAGCCGGUUCCGUCUCUGGCAUCUGUGGACGCUGCUGCUGAGGUAAAUGAACCUUGAGGAAAAUUGACCCGGUUCUUUCAAUUCUAAAAUCAUGGCUCGUGAUUUGGUGAUGUUCAGAGAUGUGGCUGUAGACUUUUCUCAGGAAGAGUGGGAAUGCCUGAACUCAUAUCAGAGGAAUUUGUACAGAGAUGUGAUAUUAGAGAACUAUAGCAACUUGGUGUCACUGGGUAAGCAUAGCAUAUCUGUGUCAAAUAAUUUAGUAAUUCACAGGACUGAAUUUCUGGGCUGUCUUUUUUUUCUAAGACAGAGUCUCGAAAAUAUGUUUUGGUCUUGUUUUCUUUCAGAUUUGGAAUCCAGAUAUGACACUAAAAAGUUAUUUCAAGAAAAGGAUAUUUAUGAAAUGAACUUAUCUCAGUGGAAGGUAAUGGAAAGAAUUAAAAGCUGUGGACUUGAAGGACAAGAAAGUCCUCAUGAAGUGUGUUUCAGGCAAGUGACAAAAACCACUUCUGGAAAAACGCCUACCUACAGAAAACUCACAUCUCUUCCUCUGUAUCAGAAGAGUCAUAACAGAGAGAAACCCUACGAAUGUGGGGAAUGUGGGAAGGCUUUUAGAGUACGACAACAACUUACUUUCCAUCAAAGAAUUCAUACUGGUGAGAAACCCUAUGAAUGUAAAGAAUGUGGAAAAGCCUUUAGACAGUGUGCCCACCUCAGUCGACAUCAGAGAAUUCAUACUUCUGACAAACUCUAUGAAUGUAAAAAAUGUGGAAAGAUCUUCACAUGUGGCUCAGACCUUCGAGUACAUCAGAGAAUUCAUAUUGGUGAGAAACCGUAUGAAUGUAAAGAAUGUGGGAAAGCCUUUAGAGUUAGAGGACAACUUAAUCUCCAUCAAAGGAUUCACACGGGUGAGAAGCCCUAUGAAUGUAAGGAAUGUGGGAAGGCCUUUAGGCAGUAUGCACACCUUACUCGACAUCAGAGACUUAACAUUGCUGAGAAGUGCUAUGAGUGUAAGGAAUGUGGUCAGGCCUUUCUGUGUAGUACAGGCCUUCGAAUACAUCACAAACUUCACACUGGAGAAAAACCCUAUGAAUGUAAGGAGUGUGGAAAGGCCUUUAGAGUGCGGCAACAACUUACUCUCCAUCAGAGAAUUCACACUGGUGAGAAGCCUUACAAUUGUAAGGAAUGUGGGAAGACUUUUAGUCGUGGCUAUCAUCUAACUCUCCAUCAGAGAAUACAUACUGGUGAGAAGCCCUAUGAAUGUAAGGAAUGUCAGAAGUUCUUUCGUCGUUACUCAGAACUUAUUUCACAUCAGGGUAUUCACAUUGGAGAGAAACCUUAUGAAUGUAAGGAAUGUGGGAAGGCAUUUAGACUGUUCUCACAGCUUACUCAACAUCAGAGUAUUCAUUUUGGUGAGAAACCCUAUAAGUGUAAGGAAUGUGAGAAGACUUUUAGACUGCUUUCGCAACUUACUCAACAUCAAAGUAUUCAUACUGGUGAAAAGCCCUAUGACUGUAAGGAAUGUGGAAAGGCCUUUAGACUUCAUUCAUCACUGAUUCAACAUCAGAGAAUUCAUUCUGGUGAGAAACCUUACAAAUGUAAGGAAUGUAAAAAGGCAUUUAGACAACAUUCACAUCUUACUUACCAUCAGCGAAUUCAUAAUGUAACUUAAUAGCUAUUAGAACUCUUCCAUUGUGAAUUUUAUGUUGCGCAUAGGAAGUACAUUCUAGAGGAAAGGUUUUUGAACGUGGGAAUCCCUUUUGCUUCAUGCUCACAACUAAGGAAGUUUUAUUUAAAGGAAAGAAUAUGUUAAUGAACAUAUGGAAGCCUUUCAUCACCUUUGAAACCAUGUUACAGGAAAUUCAUCCUAGAAAGGAACUUUAUUAAAGUACUGAAUGUGAAAAAGCUUUUGAUCUUACCUAUUAUUAUCUCCAUAUUCUUCCAUCUGUGUAGUAUACACAAGGAGGUUGCCAGGGAACCACCUCAUUCUGAAAAUGUGCAAAUGAAAGGAAAGUCAUUUAGUCUACAUUUCCUGUGUAAACUGUAUUUCAAGGCAACCAGAAGUUAAUGAGGUAAAGUUCUUCUUUAUUAGAAAAUUCCAGGCUAAUGAAUGCAGAAAGAACAAUAGAAAAUUGUAUUAGAAGAACUAUUGUGUAACACAUAAUGAAAUAAUGGAUUUAGGCAUGAUUCUCUGUAGAGGUUGAGACUAUUCAGUGAAAGGUUGUGAACUUUACAGUGAAUAGAUGAGACUGACAACAUCUGAACCCACUGAUCAUCUUAACUUCACAAAAAGCAAGACAGUAAAAAUUAUGUGCCUCCUAAUGUGAUACAGUAAGAUAAACACAUCUUGCCAAAAAUACUGAACCUGAAUUUAAGCCUCAAGAACUAA